GCGGGAACGGAGCCGGAGCCGCCGGUUCGGGAGCGCAGCUCAGGUGGCAGUGCCGGUGUCACCAUGCGGGCCGUGCUCUGGGAGCUGCUGCUGCUGCUGCUCUGUCUCUGCGCCCGCGCGCGCGGGGACUGCCGGGGGGACUGCGGGCACUGCGAGCGCCUGGGACAGGGACAGGGACACCGCCUCGACCUGCUCAUCUGCAUCCUGGAGUGCGAAGGCCAGGCCGUGCCCCGCGCCACCUGGGAGCUGUGCGCCGCCACCCUGCGAGCGUCCCCGCGUCCCCGCCGCCUGUCGGGCCGGCCCUGGCCCUCGGGCGCGUCCCCGUGGGCGCAGCCCCACCCGCAGCAGCAGCAGCAGCAGCAGCAGCAGUGGCGGCGCGAGGAGGAGGAGGAGGAGGAGGAGGAGGAAGGGCGGGAGGACAUUUCGCGGCGGCCGGGCGCGGCGCGGGCGGCCCAGGGCGUGCAGAAGCGCUACGGGGGCUUCAUCGGCGUGCGCAAGUCGGCGCGCAAGUGGAACAACCAGAAGAGGUUUAGCGAGUUCCUGAAGCAGUACCUGGGCAUGGCGCCGCGCUCCACGUUCCGGCACCGCCUCCCGGCCCGGCCGAGGCCCAAUUAACCCAAGCCCGGCUCGGGCCCGGCCGCGCGCGCUCCCGGCGGGACCCGAAGCGCUUCGGCUCCGAGGCCGCUCCUCGCCCGCCAAAGCUCCGCCUGCCCCGAGCACUCCCGAAGGCUCCCGAGCACUCCCGAAGGCUCCCGAGCGCUCCCCCGACGCUUCCCGAGCGCUCCCGAGGGCUUCCGAGGGCCCUUCCGACAGUUCCCGAAGGGUCCCGAGCGCUCCUGAGGGCUAUCCUGACGUUUCCCGGGCUCUCCCGACGGUUCCCGUCAGAUCCCACCGGUUCCCCGCCGGCUUCCCCGAUGGUUUCUGCCGGUUCCCGAGGGCUCCCCCCCUCCGGUUCCCGCCAGAUCCCGACGGUUCCCGAGC